AUGUAUCCUGACCCGGACGACAUAGAGGUCAUUGACCUUGCUUACACAAAACUACCGGCCACUGCUAUGCUCUCGCGCUACCUUGUCCUCUCAACAAUAUACUUCUGGACUCCUGUAAAGCCGACUCUGGAGUCGGGAAAGCUUAAAAAGUUACACCCAGGUUUCACACUAGACGUUAUGACGGCACAAGCUCAAAGAGGCCAGCCACCUGAAGAGGGAGAGACAGAUGCCACAAAGACAGUGCCACAGCUGGCCAAACAUGGCUUGAAAAAUUCUUGCGUCUUUCACGAGCAUCAAGUCUUCGACGAAGAUACUUGUCGCCACCGCCUAGCCAAUUCCAAAUUUAUAUUCGACGGCAUACUAGACGCUUGUAUGAAAGAAGCUAAGACCGUUGUCGGAAAAGCAUCCUGUCUACCUUACUUUGGAGGUGCAUUCGAGGGUGAUUUCAAGGAGGCAACUAGCCGCAAGAUCGAAUUGACAGAUGUCACUGAGCAGACGUUUCGCACCUUCCUCCAGUGGGCGCAUGCGCAGCUGUACUCAUCUGGCUUUGAAGAGCCAAUUCCUGAUCAGUCGAUUCUUGGUUCAAACACCACAGAGGAGUCGGAAACCGCGGCCAACGACCAGAAUGAGUACUCAGACGACGAAGAAGAGGAUGCCUCCGACCACGGUUCUGACCACGAUUCCGACCAUACUUCCUGCGAGUCUCUCGUAGAGAUGCGCGAGAAGUAUGAGCUUCGGAAGAAGAACUAUGACAUGGCUCAUGUCUUUGUGGUUCUCAUCGAGUCAUGCUCGAUCGAUGGCAUGGCGAUGGCUAUAUAG